AUGUGGCAAGAUGUGCUUCUUCUUGUCCGGGAAUUGAAGUACCGAGUCAUGUCGUUGGCGCUGAUCGGUAUUCUCAAUACCCUUGGGUUCUGCCAAGUCAAUUGCACACUUGGACUGGAAAAGGGCAACGUAUUCAGUCGGCGACCCCACUACGAAGACUCCGAUAACUACUUCGUCCUAAUAUCCGUUAUGGUACUCCGUCUAGGGUCCUACGUGGAUCGUGUCUAG